GUCCGUGCGCAAAAAUGAAUUCGCCCCGCAUGAACCUCUUUCCGUUUCUAGAACCAGAUGCAAACGGGCUUAAUGCAGUCAAACAAAGGGUGCAUACAAAACAUCAAUUGACGGAUAUAAGAAAUACUCAAUAAUGCUGCUGAGUAGGAUGUUGUCAACCAUCAACCAUCAUAAUCUAGCAAAAAAACAGAAUGGCAGCUAAAAAGAUUGUAGUAAUCCUUGGUGCCGGUCCAGGUCUUGGUCAAGCAUGCGGUAGAAUCUUCGCAAGCAAAGGUCAUCCAGUCGCAUUGCUUUCACGUAGUAUGGAUCGAUUGGAACAAUUGAGUAAUGCAAUCAACAAAGAAGUUGGUGAUGAAAAACGAACAAGGCCAUACGCUGUUGAUGUGACGAAAAAGGAAGAUAUCGAAAAUACAUUCAAGAAAAUCGCAAAAGAUUUUCAAGAUGCUAAAAUUCAUACAGCAAUUUAUAAUGCAGGUGGUUUAUUCCAAAUUAAAGCUUUCUUGGAUUUAACUGAAAAUGAUUAUCGUAAUAUUUACAAUAUUCAAGUUAUCGGUGCUUUGCACUUUAGUCAAACAUUCAUUCGUUCCCUUCAACAACAAUCCGAAUGGCAAGAAUGGCAAAAAGAUGCAAAUGUGACAACUUCCGUUGGUAAUUUGUUCUUUACCGGGGCAACUUCUGCUCUGCGUGGAUCAGCAAAAAUGUCUUCUUUCUCCCACUCCAGUUUCGCUUUACGUUCCAUGACUCAAAGUAUCGCACGUGAAUUUGGUCCUCAAGGCAUCCAUGUUGCCCAUUUCAUCUUGGAUGGAAUGGUGGAUACAGAACGUUUGAAGGAAAUGGUGCCCGGAGACUUUGAACCAAAUUCAAGAUUGAAGCCAGAUGAUAUCGCUCAGGUUUAUUAUGACACCGCUCAACAAAAACGUAGCGUUUGGGCUUUCGAAACCGAUUUGCGUCCUGCCAAGGAAAAGUGGUAGGUACAUCAUAAAGUCUUUUUUCUCCUUCAAAGAUCAUCUCAACAUCAUUGUUGAAGAAGUCCAUUCAUGUAUCCAAAUUAAGCUCACUUUCAUGACCCGGGAAAUUGAUUAUCUUAAAAUGCAAUGAUCAAGUGCGUUUUCAAUCAAUAAUAUGUUGUAAGUCAAAAUGAAAUUCUGUAAUGAAUAAAGGGUAUGCGUAUGCUUUU